CGUGGCGUCUGCCUGUGUGAGGAGGAGGAAAGAUGGCGGAGGAGGAGAAGCUCCCCGCGGGCUGGGAGAAGCGCAUGAGCCGCAGCUCCGGGCGUGUCUAUUAUUUCAACCACAUUACAAAUGCCAGCCAAUGGGAGCGGCCCACUGGGAACAGCAAGAACGGGCAAGGGGAGCCCACGAAGGUGCGAUGCUCGCACCUCUUGGUGAAACACAACCAGUCUAGGAGGCCCGCAUCGUGGAGGGAGGAUAAGAUCACUCGGAGCAAGGAGGAGGCCCUGGAGCUAAUUAAUGGCUACAUCCAGAAGAUCAAAUCUGGGGAGGACUUUGAAUCCCUCGCGUCCCAGUUCAGUGACUGCAGCUCGGCUAAGGCAGGAGGAGACCUGGGUGCUUUUGGAAGGGGUCAAAUGCAGAAACCUUUCGAAGAUGCCUCGUUUGCACUGAGGACUGGAGAGAUGAGCGGACCAGUAUUCACAGAUUCAGGGAUCCAUAUCAUCCUACGCACGGAGUGAAAGUGCCUUGGCCGACCUACUUGGAAAGGAAAGGGUGGUGGGAAAAAUAUAUGAGCAAGAGAACCCCGAUUCCAACCCUCUGCACACUCUCUGUCUUUGAACAAAUUUCAUAUCUAGCUUUUAACACCCCCCCUCCCAUAUCUCUAAUACCGUCCUCGGCACCUUGAUGCAACGUUUUUCCCCCCACCCAUAGAGAUGCAUGGUUAGCUGAGGCUGAAAAUACAAUCGAAACAAAGAGACAGUCGCAUCUUUCAUAGGCUUAGUAAGGAGGAUGUUUUAAAGAAAAAAUAAAUAAAUCCACAGCCGCUUGAGUUCGAUAUUGACGAUUCCUUCAGUUCAGGAGACACAUCUGUGCUACAGGGUCAUACUUCAAUGCUUUCACUCCACAUCCAACUUAUAAUAGAGUUAUUUAUUAUGGGGCUCCACUGAUAGUGGCAAAACUUAGCUCUCAGUGUUUUAGACAGAACGAAAAUCGCCUCCCUCCAGGGCCCUCCUGGUGUAGAAUAAGAAGUAGUAAAGCCCCCAACUCUUCCACCCUCAUCACGCCUGUAUUCAACCACAUUUGCUUUUCCAAAUUGCAUGACGAUUGAUCAAUUGCUCUUGGAGCAAUUCUUCUGCAGCAUAGCCCAGAAGAUUCCCUUCAAAACAAUUAACUAAAAAAAAAAAAAUCUACUACACCCUGUCUGAGCCACGAUUCUGUACAUAGGGAGCCUGUUGCCCGCAAGGGCUUUCCCUUCUGUCUAGGAGAGAGAGAUGCAGAUGGCACCGCCCCUCCAUUGAAUGGGGAAACCUGCGUGUGCAGGAAUCUCGUAUAUGCUCCAGACUGUAUCCAAACAGAUUUUUUUUUUAUUAUUACACCUUCCAGGUGUUGGCUUCUUAUAAGCUUUCGCAUUGACUCAGACCUUGUCAAUGUGUUUUUAGGAUCAGCGAAAGCAGUAACCAUUGGUAUCCUUCCCACGCAGGUACCUCCCCCCUCCCCCCCGUAAGGGUAAACAUUUUUACCCCUGUAAAAUUACGUUAGGAUAAAUUGUGCAUUUAACCAUUCCUGUAUGUGGUUCUUGUUGUUGAAGUCCAUCCCAAGGGAGGGCUGUUAGCUAUAGAGUUCUGGUUUUUUUUUUUCCUUUUUUUUUUUUAAAGAGGCAGGUCACGAUCCAUGCGUGAUUUUAAAAAAAGAAAGCAUUGUCAAGUCACUGUUUUUCGGUUACGUUGCAUUGCUUUCUGUUUAGUAAAAUCAAUUAAGAUUCCUACCGAGUUCUUCGCUUUGGCCUGCAAGCAAGCUUUUGUGUAUAUAAAUGUAUAGAGAGAGUGUUCCAGUUCUCUUACGCAAGAAAAAUAAAAACCCUCACCAAAUAAA